GAUGGUGCUGCUCAGGAUUUGUGUGGCUGUGGCCGUGUUUCUGGAGGCCGUCUCGGCUGCUUCGCUGGGCGUGGUUUCCACGGAGGGCGGCUUGGUGGAGGGAGUAAACAUCGCCGUGGCCACUAACAGAUACGUGGAUGUUUUCAAGGGAAUUCCCUUCGCUGCCGUCCCUGGACGCUUUGAGAAACCCAAACGCCAUUCAGGCUGGAGCGGUGUGUUGAAAGCUAAAGAGUUCAAACCUCAGUGCCUUCAGUUGAAUAUGCUCAUGACACAAGUCAGUGGCUCUAAUGAUUGCCUCUACCUCAACAUCUGGGUCCCUCACGGCUCCCAAGUCUCCUCCAACCUGCCCGUGAUGGUGUGGAUCUAUGGAGGGGCCUUCAUGAUGGGGAGCUCCAUGGGAUCGAUCUCCCAGGGCGUCUACACGUACGACGGACAGGAGAUCGCAAACAGGGGAAAUGUCAUUGUGGUGUCACUGGGAUAUCGUGUGGGAACCCUGGGCUUCCUGAGCACCGGACAGUCUGAUCUGCCUGGAAACUACGGCCUGUGGGACCAGCAGGCUGCCAUCGCCUGGGUGCACAGGAACAUCCGCUCGUUCGGAGGAAACCCCAGCAACAUCACCCUCUUUGGAGAGUCUGCAGGGGGCGCUAGUGUCAGCUUCCAGACCCUGACUCCACACAACAAGGGCCUGAUCCGCAGAGCCAUCUCUCAGAGCGGAGUGGCCCUGUGUCCCUGGGGCGUCAUCGAGAACCCACGCAAGGUUGCUGAGAAGGUGGCUCAGAGGGUGAACUGUCCGACUGACAGCAGGAUGGCGGCCUGUCUCAAGUCGACUGACCCUGUGGCCCUCACCAAGGCUGGGGCCAUCAGCAUUCAAAGCACCCCUUCCCAACCUAUGAUCGAGAAUAUGGAUCUGGCUGCGGUGGUGGAUGGAGACUUCCUGCCGGACCACCCCUCAAAUCUGUUCCACAACGCGGCUGCGAUCGACUACAUCGCCGGGGUCAAUGACAUGGACGGACACAUCUUCACUGCCCUGGACAUCCCCUCGAUCAACUCCAUGUUGGUGGACACAUCCAUUGACGACCUGAAGGCAAUGCUGGGGGCAUUCACCAAAGACAAAGGUAAGACCGGUAUGGAGAAAGCUUUCUCCACCUACUCCGCCAACUGGGGCAGCAGUCCGAGCCGCGAGACCAUCAAGAAGGGCGCCGUGGCCAUGGGGACAGACUACAUGUUCCUGGUGCCCACUCAGGCUGCUCUGUACCUCCACGCCAAACGUGCCACAACUGGCCGUACAUAUUCAUACCUGUUAACUGAGCCGAGCCGCUUGGCGGGGAUAGUCUCACCCUACCCCAGCUGGAUGGGAGCAGACCACAUGGACGACCUGCAGUAUGUGUUUGGGAAGCCCUUCUCCACUCCUGACGCGUACGGGGCUAAGUACAGGAACCUGUCCAGUUACAUGAUCGCAUACUGGACCAACUUUGCUAAAACUGGAGAUCCAAACCAGGGUGGCUCGUCGGUCCCUGUUGCUUGGCCGAAGUUCCAAAGUAGUGGAGAACAGUACCUCGAGAUCCGCAGCAACAUGGGCCAGGGCUUUGUCCACCAGGACAUGAGAUUGCGCUUUGUGACCUUCUGGACCAGUGUGCUGCCCAGUCUGCCCACCAUUACUAAGUCUGAAUAAAAUUGAUCUACCAUACACCACAUAGAUGCAACACAUUACAGAUAU